AUGAUCUGUUCCCAUGGAUUCACAGGUUGCCUUCUGCCCGUCAGUAUCAGUAAUAUAGAGGUUGAUGGACUAUCUUAUAAGCUGGAAGGCCUGAAAAAAUUCACGGAAUAUACUCUUCGAUUCCUAGCUUAUAAUCGCUAUGGGCCAGGAGUAUCUACUGAUGACAUAACAGUGGUUACACUUUCUGAUGUGCCAAGUGCCCCGCCUCAGAACGUCUCCCUGGAAGUAGUUAAUUCAAGGAGUAUCAAAGUAAGCUGGCUGCCUCCUCCAUCAGGAACACAAAAUGGAUUUAUUACCGGCUAUAAAAUUCGACACAGAAAGACAACCCGCAGGGGUGAGAUGGAAACAUUGGAGCCAAACAACCUCUGGUACCUGUUCACAGGACUGGAGAAAGGAAGUCAGUAUAGUUUCCAAGUGUCAGCCAUGACAGUUAAUGGCACUGGACCACCUUCCAACUGGUAUACAGCAGAGACUCCUGAGAAUGAUCUGGAUGAGUCUCAAGUCCCUGACCAGCCAAGCUCUCUUCACGUGAGGCCCCAGACCAAUUGCAUCAUCAUGAGUUGGACUCCUCCCUUGAACCCAAACAUCGUGGUGCGAGGUUACAUAAUUGGUUAUGGCGUUGGGAGCCCUUAUGCCGAGACAGUGCGUGUGGAUAGUAAACAGCGAUAUUAUUCUAUUGAGAGGUUAGAGUCAAGUUCCCAUUAUGUCAUCUCCCUAAAAGCUUUUAACAAUGCAGGAGAAGGAGUUCCUCUUUAUGAAAGUGCCACCACCAGAUCUAUAACAGGUAAGCUAAAAUAGUUAAUCCUCUCGUGACAAGGUAGUCAGUGUUUGAGUUGUGGUGGCAAAAACAAAACCAAACGCCUAAAGCAAAAUAAAACAAAAUACAAAGAAAAAAACCAAAAUGUAUGUAGUCAUGUUCUGAGCCUUAUGAGUAUGUGUGUGUGUGUGUGUGUGUGUGUGUGUGUGUGUGUCUGUGUGUCUGGAUAUACAUGUAUACACAUAUACACACACAUAUUUCAUUAUUUUCUUGGUUUUCAAAAUUGAGAGGAAGUCAGUCUAUAAAUUAGUAUGUGGGCUUUGAGAAUAGGGAUCUCUUCU